AUGGCGAGUGCUCAGGCUGCAGCUUCAUCCUCAGGAGGUGCAGACGAAGUCCCACCAGCUGGGAAUUCUGGGUCUGCACCAAACCCUAAGAUGAGAAAGAGGACGAAGACUGGCUGCCUCACCUGUAGAAAACGACGCAUAAAAUGUGGUGAAGAGAGACCUACCUGCGCAAACUGCAUUAAGUCCAAACGCCAGUGCGAAGGAUACAACCAAAGAGUCAUCUUCAAGCCACCCAUGGGAGACUGGCCAAAUCACCCAGGGGUAGUCAGCACCAUACAAUAUCACACUUCGAUGCUACCAGGCACACGCAACCAACCAUAUCGAGGACCAGAGCCAAGUGCCCCCAUACCAGAAACAACCCUCACCUCGAUCCAGCCACGACCCAUUGGCAACUUCGACUUCCAACAUGUCGACCCACAGCCAGGUGCUGGGCCUCCACCGCCGCCACAACCGUUUGUUGGCGGCAAUCUCAACUAUACCCACGAGCAGACUUAUCAACCACCUCUACACUCACCACCUCACCAACAACCGCUCAUAUCUCCCCACCACCAAGCACACGCCCAUCCAUCGACCGUAUCAUACUUUCCCCAGCAAUCUCCUGUGCACAUAAGCCCGUCAGAGCAGCUUAGCCAGAGGCCCAACACAAGCUCUCAACAACCAUUACCGUACAAUUCCGGCUCUUCAUAUCCACCCGUCUCUGUUCCAUAUAACAGUGAUCACGAAUUGAAGCCAGUGGGCCCUCGGCCUCUUUCUGGCCAGCAGGUGUAUUCACACACAUAUCGAUCAGAUAGCCUGCAAGACCCUGACAAUGCUUACCAACAGCAAUCUAGUGUUUCGCCACAGAGCGAUCAGUUUGCUCAAAACGCGGAGGCAAGGCCGGGCUUUCAGCGAUUUAACAAUCUUCCUCACGUUCCUCUCCAUUCGUCGCAAGCUGAAGAUUAUAAUUUUCAGCCGGCGAUUUCACAUACUGACUUUAGCUAUCCAAAUUACUCUACCGUUCCGUUGCCUUAUGAUAUGAAUCAGGAUGUAAAGCAUAUGCCACAGCCUGUUCUCGAAGAGGUUACACACGUACCAAAGCCCCCAGUAUCCCAUCCACAACUGCUUCUCAGCGGAUUCGGUGGCGAAGAUCAUGCUAGCCCUACACAAGUGCUUGACGAGGCGGCAGUAGAAUAUGAGGAUGACGAUUACUGGGACGUUCAUUCAGACGAAGAUAUGGUUGAUGCAGAGACUGGGGAGGACGAGAAUGCACUGCUCACGAGCCAGGAAUUUAGCGCUAUCCGGCGUAUACAUUUGGAGAACUCCAACGAGCUAGGCAUUCGACGCUACGAUGCCUUUUUAUACGAUGGCCUUCUGUCACACUACAAACCUGAAUAUGCGGCAAGUCCCUUACGCAACCCAAAGACAGCUCGAGUGUUUGCACAUUUCAUUCAUGUGACAGCACCAACACUAUCGAUUUUCGAACGAAACCCAAGAGACCCGACUUUGAUAUUCGAAGGCGCAACGCCGCCAUCUCAGCAAGGACUAUGGACUUACAAACUCCCAUUGAAGGCUUUGAACCACCAAGGCCUGUUACAUGCAAUGCUGGCACUUGCCAGUCUGCACAUUGCACGAUUGCAAGGAGCUUCAGUUACACCAUCCUACAAACAUUACGCAUACUCGCUCAAACGCCUUGUUCGUUCGCUCUCACACCCGACAAAACGUCUCUCCAUGCUCACGCUGGCCAACUCCUUACUUCUGGCUUGGUAUGAGGUAUGGACGGCAGAACACGUUAAAUGGGGCACGCAUGUUGUCGGCGCUCAGCAACUCAUUACUGAGCUCGACUUCCGCUCCCUUACUCGCGAGGCACGACGAAUGCAGGCUGUACAAACUGCAAUGGAGCGCCAAUUCCCCUAUCAAAACCCAGCGAUGCUUAUCGACCAAAGACAAUUCGACCUGAAAUUGAAAGAAAGCUCACUGAUGCCAGAUCAAAAUCUGGUGAGCACCAUUGUUGGAAACGAAGUCAACUACGACGACUUUGGCAUGGUUUUCGAGGACUAUGGGGCAAGAUAUGACACGAAGCCAAGUAUUGCCGGUGGACUGGAUCUAAACACCUAUGCAACUCUCCAAGAUCUGUUUUGGUCGUUUGCUAGACAUGAUGUUUUCCAGAGCAUCGUAAGCGGAAGUGCUCUCAUUCACCCGUAUCAUAAAUGGUCUGAUUGCCCUCCAAGAUCCCCGCUCGGCCGACUCGAUGCUCUAUACGGCAGUCACGAUCAUCUUCUACUCCUUCUAGGCCGCGUUGCAGACUUCACUGUUAAAGACAGAGCACGAAAGGUUCGACAAGUCGAAGCAGAUGGUGGCUGGCGACCUCGACCUGGCAUUCCUGGUUUUGGUAGCAUGGGUCCUCCAGGUGGUCCCCCAGCUGGUCCUCCGGGUGAUCAUCCAGGCGGUCGAUCGAAUCCUAUGCAAGGCCCACCGCCAGGAUGGAAAGGGCCACCCCCUUUAGGCUUUGGCCCGUCUGGCCCCUCUCAAGGUCCACCUUCUCAAGGCCCACCCUCUCAAGCAGGUCCACCUCCUUCAGGCAUGCCCAGCUUCUAUGGAAUGGCCCCAGCCCCAACCUUAGCACCACAGAUUUCCGGUUACGAGAAUCCAAACUUUAAGCGUCCAAAGCAAACACUCGACGUGCCUCAACCAAAGUAUGAUGACCUGUCUGCUGCCUACGCCAAUGCAGUCGCGGAAUGGGAAAGUAUUUGCGAGGCACAUACGGCAGUUGAGCAAGUUUUUCAGAAUACAGAAGGUUUUGCUCCUUUGCCGGAGGAUAUCUACCCACCGCCUCCGGGAGAAAGACAACACGCGCAGAGUAACAUGACGCCUUUUGGGAAAGCCAUUUCCCAUCGAAGUUAUGACAUAUCCAUCUUGUGGACGCUUCUCUACCUGGCUAAGAUCAUCCUUUUACGUUCCCACCCUGGCAUGCCUCCAGCAGCGCAAAUGGCAGCAGGAGUGUGCGCAGCUGCUACUGCACCAUACUGUACUCUCAUCGGCCGUAUCACAGCCGGAUUCCAGAUUCCCAUCUCUGAGGACCUUUCUCCCUUCCUUGGUGCUAUAUUCACAGAGGCAACCAUGUCCAUGUUCUUCGCCGGUGUCACCUUCAAGGAACCCCAUCAACGGGAGUGGCUCAUCACGCGUCUGUUGGAAAUUGAGCGAAGGAUAGGCUGGGCUAGUGCGGGCAUGAUUGCUAAGGGAUGCGAGUCGGUAUGGGAGCAACAGGCGAAGAUGAAGAGGGGGCCGCCCUAUGUGAGGAGGACAAAGCGAACCAUGAGGUUUAAGGAGGAAGAGGGAUACGUUGAGGAUCCAGAGUAUACCAAUCCGCGUGGCCCGGAUGGUCCUAACAGUGACGAGAGGAGGAAAUGGGUAAGGGAUGAUUCGCAAAAAGAGACGAGGUUUGUGUUCAAGAGCAAGCUGCCUCCUUGGGCAAUGAAUGUGUUGAGUACAGAGGAGGAUCUGAGAGUAGGAUUGGAGAAGGUUGGAAUAUGA